GGGUUUAUUAAUCUGGUUUUCAGAAGUGUAACACGAUGUGAGAUGUGUAAUUAGUAAAGUUCUGCUGCUGCUCGUGUAAGGCGAGCCGAAGCCCCGCCUCGUUACACUCGUUUACAGUGUUUAGCACAGAGGUGAGGACUGGAAGAACGCUCUCUCAGCCGCGCUUCUGUCUCUGUCCCCGGGAGAGCGAUUCUCCGUUCUCGGGUUAGCGGUUAGCGAGUGUUUGUGGCCGGUUUGUCUGUCAGUGACGCCAUGAUGUUAUUUUUACCCGAUGAUCUCACGCGCGCCGAACUCGCUCAGAGUUCACCAGAACCGAACUAGCCGAACCGAGACUCCCUAACCAGAGCCGAACCGGCCGACACCAGCACUGACACCGCCGGGGUCACCUCACGCACACGCGGAACAACUUACUACUUUACGGUCGGAGCUCUGGAUGAUGAAGAGCAGCGGAGAUGAUCGAGGAGCAGGACCUCCAUCUUUAUAGAGACACUGAUAAUGUGAAAGAGACACACACACACUAACACAUUCCCACAUACACACACACACUAGUUUCCUCUAGCUCUGUUUGUUCGAACGCCAUCGAGGUGACAUCCUCAUCCUCAUCAUCCUCAGUGCCAUGUGGCCGCCGCUCUGCUGAGCCCGAGGGAGUGUGGGUAUGUGUGAGCGUGUGUGUGUGCUGGGGCCCGAGGCCCUGGUGGCGCUGCUCGAGGGCGAUCUGGACCGGGUUCUGCUGAUCGACUGCCGGCCGUUCCUGGAGUUCAACACGGGUCACAUCAUGGAGGCCGUCAACGUGCACGGCUCCAAGCUGAUGAAGAGGAGACUCAUGCAGGACAAGACCCAGAUCAGCGAGCUCCUGAUGCACUGCGCCAAGAGGAAGCUGGAGCUCCAGGGUCAAGAGGUCGUGGUGUAUGACCAGAGCUCGUCAGACCCCGCCUCCCUGUCACAUGAUGCCUUUCUCAGUGUCCUAUUGGCCAAGCUGGAGAAGAGCUUCCCAUCAGUCCACCUGCUCUCAGGAGGAUUCUCAGAGUUCUGCCGUCUGUUCCCGGGUCUGUGUGAAGGGAAGUCUGCGCUGGUGCCGUCCUGUGUGUCUCAGCCGAGUCUCACUCUCCCCGUGACCAACCCGAACCCGACCCGCAUCCUAACACACCUGUACCUGGGCUGCCAGAGGGACGUACUCAACCAGGAGCUCAUGCAGCAGAACGAUAUCGCGUACGUGCUGAACGCCAGCAACACCUGUCCCAAACCCGACUUCAUCCCCGACACACACUUCCUGCGCGUGCCGGUGAACGACAGCUUCUGCGAGAAGAUCCUGCCCUGGCUCGACCGGUCUGUGGAGUUCAUAGAGAAAGCCAAGGCCAGUGACGCCCGAGUCCUGGUCCACUGUCUGGCGGGAAUCUCGCGCUCGGCAACCAUCGCCAUCGCCUACAUCAUGAAGAGGAUGGACAUGUCAUUGGAUGAAGCCUACAGGUUCGUGAAGGAGAAACGCCCGACCAUCUCCCCGAACUUCAACUUCCUGGGUCAGUUGCUGGACUUCGAGAAGAAGCUGAGGAGCGAGCGAGCCCGGCCGAGAGCGGGUGUGUGUGACGAGCAGGGGAAGUGUGUGUCGGAGGAGCCCGGCGUCUCUGAGGAGCGUCUGCUGACCCGAGCGCUCUGCGGUCUCACGCUGGGAGAGGACCUGAAGGAGAGCAGUCGACCCAAGCGCUCCUUCUCCCUCGACAUCACGACCUACAGCGAGUCCGGAGCAACUCUUCCCUGCCAGUUCUCUCCGGUGCAGGAGCUUUCAGAACACAACACCCCGGAGCAGAGUCCAGGCAGGAGUGUGUGUGUGCCGCGGGACGGGAGUGUGUGUGUGCAACUCCAGCGCAGCGAGAGCAUGGACGAAUCCCCGGCGGCCCCGACACACUCCGCUCUGCUGAAGGGAUGGCACUCGGACCUGGUGCUCGGCGGCUGGUUCCUCUCGGACUCGGCCCGGUUCUGCUCCGGCUCGGCUCCGGGUCAGCCGGUCAGGAGACGCGGGCGGUCGGGAGAGUCCCGGGACUCCCGGAGGAGCUGGCACGAGGAGAGCAGCUUCGAGAAGCAGCUGAAGCGCAGGAGCUGCCAGAUGGAGUUCGGAGACGGCGGGUCCGAGACUCGACCCGGAGAAGAACUGGGAACGACCGGCACACAGUCCAGCUUCUCCGGCAGCAUGGAGAUCAUACAGGUUUCCUGAGGACUGAAGUCUCUCAGUGUCAGCCAAGCGGAAACCGUCUCUCUCUCUCUCUCUCUCUCUCUCUCUCUCUCUCUCUCACACACACUGCAGUUCCUCCUCUGGCCACUAGAGGCGCUGCAGAAGAGACUCACUCCCAUAGACUCGCAUGUUAAAACGCCCAACUUUACAGCAGGAAAACACAUGUUUACAGUCUGGAGAAGAAACUGGUUUUGACGACUUCAUUAAACUUGUGCAUAAUUAAGGGCGUGGCCACUUGAGUGACAGGUGGAUUGCCGCUGAUGUCACUGCUAGCCGUUUGUCUGCUAACGUUAGCGUCAUGUCACCUCAGCUAGUUCGUUUAUCCGGGAGUGAAGCAGCCAAGAUGGCGACGGCCGGCUCCGCCCACUUUACGCUUCAGAAACACACACUUCGCCCGGUGUUUUUCACAGACAGGAUAUCCAGAACCUCAACAAUCCAAAUUAAGGCAAGACACUACAGCCAAAUAGGCUAAAGACUUAACGAUUACGCUCUUUCUCAAGUCUUGGUGUAGUUUCAGGCUCUUCUAGAACAUGAAUGUUGAUUAUUCUCCUCAUAUUCUCCAUUCUUGCGGCUCCUCUCUUCCCAGUCUGUCAGUAACGCUCUGAUUA